AUGGGGGAGACCCGGCAGCAACCACUCGGUGGCCGAGGGCUGCUCAUCUUCCUGGAGGCGCUGCCCGAGCCGGUGGUCUGCUACGAGCUCUACUCGCGCUGCCUCGACGCCUCCGCCAGCUACGCGCAGAGCAAGCAGGAGCUCUCGCGCCUGCCCGGGUGCCAUGGCGGUGCGUUCCACUACCUGGCCGCGUUCCUUCGCGAGCUGCUCAAGCACUCGGACGCCAACCACACGGACGCUCGCAUGCUGGCCUCGGUGUUUGGUUCGGUGCUGCUCCGCCCGCCGCCCAACCGGCGCCGCCUCCCGGACGACCGCAGGAAGCACAUCGCCUUCAUGCAGCACUUCCUCUUGCACGACGACAGCAGCUGAUUGGCCGCCGCCGCGGGUCCGUGACUCCGGCGGCCAUGUUGCUGCCCCCCCCCACUUCGCACCGGUGUCCGACCUUGCGGGGCGGGGUUGGUGGUUGGUGGUUGGUGGUUGAUGGUUGAUGGUUGGUGGUGCGAGGUGCGAGGUCAGGGUUCAGGAAGAGGUUAAAUUAUAACGAGAUUGGGUUUGUGAAUGCUGGCGGUGGACGGGGGGGGGGGGAGGUGGGGGCUGGUAAGGGAGUGGGGGAGCAGUGGUUAGCAUCAGUGCUCGAAGUCGUGGUAAAUUUGUGUCCUCGAAAUGACGUGUGUGGGUAUCGCGUGACAAUGAUCUCUGCAUUUACAUGGCAAGUACGUCGGUGCUUCGGCAACUCCAAGCACCUUGCAUCGCAGCUCCUUUGUCACUUUCAAAGCAUCAGCUGUUCCCCGUGGGAGACAAAUGUGACAUCGGCACGCGGCGUGCUAAAUUAGGCGUUAGUCUGCCGGUAGAGGUGGGGGGGCAUGAUUGCUGCUGUGUGCUCAAUCUAAGAGGUGAUUUUUUUGAAUUUAGCAAAUUGCAGGUCUCUCACUUGGCCACGUUUUACAACUGCACAUCGCGCAGAGCGACGCUGGGUUUUUCGGCGGAGCUGCGUUGGGACGCUCUCCCACGCCACGCGCUCCCAGUUGUAGCCCCGGUCCGAGUCAUUUCGCUGCAUCGAGUCAUCGGUGCUCAUCACCCGUUUGCAGCCCUGCAGAGCCAUUGCUGUGGCAGCGGGGGCGAGUCUAUCCACGGGACAGCCGCUGUUGAUCUUUCACGAAAAAAUCGGUUCUCAUUUCUAUUGACCCCCAGAGAGAUAGGCGCGAUCAAGUCGACAACCUGGGUUUGAACUUGCAACGUUCCUCUUGCGAGCCACUUGCUCUACCGCUAAGCCAGAUAAGUACAGUGACCAGUGUAGCAGUGGAUUAUCACGGUAGCUAGUGUAGCAGUGGAUGGAGCAUCCACAGCGGUGAUGUUAAAAUCAGUGUCAGUAACAUUAAUUUAACCUUCAUGGGGGUAGCGGGGUUUUGGUAAAUAACGAACAAAGCAGGGCAGCGCCACCCUCGAGUGAACCCGGUGUUUUGAGGACACACACUCGUACCAGCCACUGUUAUAGGAUAAAGGGAAAGGGCCGAUGUGUGGGUUAGGGCCGGGAAGGGGAGCGAGAUGAAAGGGGAGAGAGGUUGGAGAUAGAGAGAGUGUGGAGGAGGAGGGGAGCGAGAUGAAAGGGGAGAGAGGUUGGAGAGAG